GCAGUGAGCUGCUCGACCGCGCCCUUCGCGCUCGAGGAGCCGAAGGAAUUAUAUAGAUAUAUCUCACCGCUCUAUAUAUCGCGUUAGAAUAAAGCCAAGAAAAAUCCCGAUUGACCACGUUGCAAUUGACCACCACUAACCAGCCGCGAUUUGGAAGUUUUCUUGAGUGUGGUCAAUCGGGUUCCAUCCAUUCGUGCUAGAAUUAAGUUAUCAGAGUAUAGGGAAUAUAUAAUCGUUCGAACCUCAUUGACCUUCGCAUGCACGCGCGUGUUUCGAGACACACUGAGGAGCAUCGUCGACCUGUGGUUGGGUCCCUGUGUGCACAUGACCUUCUCUCUCUCUCUCUCUCUCUGACAUCGCUGAGAAUCGACGCUCCCUCUCCAUCCUCAGAGCGUUCGCAGGAAUAGCAGCAAACAAGCAAACGGUGGAAUUAGAUUCUAUUUGGAAUGACAUUGAAAAAAAUAUAACCGCCGAAGCAGAAACUGAAGCAGAGAACGAAGACGUAACUAAAGAUGAAGAAACAAUCAGGAGAACGACAAGGAUGGUGGCUUUCAAAAGCCACGCACCUUUACUUUUGAAAUCCGAAACCGAGUAUGAUGAAUAUGAGGAAGAUGAAGAUGCACAAAUUUCGGAAGCAAAGAAGCCAUCGCGUGUCUCGUUAUUAAUAGGGGAAUGGACUGCAAAACAGGUACAAGUCAUAGUAGCUCUCACAUGACGAUUUCAUUAAAGUGAAGGAUCAUUACUUCGUUCGAUUUAGACGAAGCCUCCAAAAGUCAAAAAGAUGAGGAAGAAAUCGCGCAAAGCUCUCGAAAGAGAGCAAGCGGCGUCCGCGGCUGCAGCCGUUGAAGCUGAGGAGACCAGGGCACAGAUAAUCAAAGACAUGCACGAAGAGAUUCGAUGGGAGAAGUAUAAUGCAGAGAGACAAGUGUCACUCGAAGAGAAAGAGGCUGCAAUGCGCGAAGUUCAAUUGGAAAAGACCUGGCAUGCCCUUCAGGAUCAUGAAGGCGCCUUCGUGAAAUACGUAACUGAUGCCGAGAAAGAGGAAAAUUGGAUCAGGUACAUGACUUGCGACGGAUUGCCGGAUCCCGGUAGCUUAUCAGAGAUGAAUACUUUUGUGUUUUUGUGGUCCAUGGAAGACAAGGAAGUUAAUAUGAGCAACUUCACCAGAAAAUAUUACACUGUUAUUUAUCUAAUAACGAAACUUGACGAAAUAGUGCGAUUCUCUUUGAUGAGAUCGCCCAGCUACCUAUUCGAGUGCAAGGUGAUCCGGCAACGAUUUCGGGACAAGCUUCAAGAAUGGAUGGACAUGGCGUGCUACGCUCUGUUGCGGCAAAUAGAGAGAGACAUGGUCCGCGAGGACACGAAAACGGCGACGUACAGUAGCGUCUCGAAGCACGUCAGUUGUUGUAUCUGGGUCCUGAUAAAGUGGCCGAUUAAACUUAAACAGCCCACCGACAAAGAUCGAAUACCAAUCGAGGUACACUUCGAAGAAAUGGAACUGACCGUCAAAAUGCCCACUGACAUUGACUGCUAUUGCAUGGCGAUACGAGCAUUAUGGGUGAUGUAUGAUCAUUAUUCGGAUCGCGCGAUCUCGCACGUCAUGCCGGAAUUGCCGGACAAAUAUAAAAGCAACUAUAUUAUAAACUUUCCUACCUUCUGUCAGAACGAAUAUAACACGAAGUUGAAAAUACGCGAUGAGCAGGCCGAAGGACGUCGCCUGCGGCUGGAGGAGAAGAAAGCUAUACUUGAGAGAAUGGAACAUCCGCCGGAACUGGAAUCUACGAAACUCGAUCGUAAGGGGAAGCAGCAAAAGAAACUGGGCGUUCAAGCAAAACCAGAACCGAUACAGGAAAUGAAAUGUUUGCCGUAUCUGCCUACACCUGACGAGAUCAUUCUACAAAAAGAUGAGGAAACUAGGAAGGAGAUUAGAAAGUUGCUAUUCACGCGAUGCGAGAAGACGGAGAUCAAUCUGCGAAAAUAUAGAAUACUCGGCGGAGUGAUACACAUCGAUUUAAUUUAUCAGCCGCCGCAACCCAAAGAUAUGGGGAGAAACCUUAUGCUUACCACUCUACAAAUUCCAAAAGAACUGAAAUUCGUGCCGUUCUCGAAGCCGUACAAAGCACCGCCUCCGGCACCCGACUCCGAGAGAACACCGGAGGUGAUCGAGGCGGAAAUGAAAGCUCUGGAAACUGCGAUGGAGGCUCUGGCGCUAGUAACUUUGAAACUUCCCAGUUCGAUUAUCUGGUUUGAACCGCCGUUGGUGGCGCACUGGAUUCCCGAGAGAAAUAUGUGGUCCACGCAGGACGUGCAUGACAUCAAAUACAACGAAGAGAAGCAGACCAUUACCUUCAGAACCGGCAGGCUGGGCGUUCACGGGUUUGCUGCUUUUAAAUUCAUCAACGUUCCCUUCCAAAGUUGGGAGCUCAAACCCGAAAUGGGCAGGCACGCGCGCGGCGGCAUUGCGCUCAAUGUGUCCGCCGCUAUCGUUCAAGCGGAAUUUAUAGUCCGGGAGGACUUGGUGUGCUUAAAUUCGCUGGCCGGCGGCAUGUCGGCAGCGAUAAAGGACAUUCUCGGGGAAUAUAUGAGGCUGUACUUCCUGGUUGAGAAAAUGCGCGAUGCUGGAUGCGACCUAUUUCCGGAGCGGGACGCCUGCAGUUACGUGAAGUCUCUCCCGGUGAAACAUCCGGUGACGGAGAAGCAUCUGCGAGAAUGCAUGGCCCUGCUUUGCACGGCGUACACCUUCUCCUGGUCGCGGUGGAACGCCAGUCGGAACUGCCGCGAAAUCGUCAUACAAUUCAAGGAGCUGCAUGGAUGCCUCGCGAAAGAGCAAACGAACGCAACUCUGUUGGUGACUCCUUCGCGAACAAUGACGGUAGCUUGCACCGAGGUGAGCUCCGAGUUCUCCGACGCGCCCUUAGACGGUGAAAAAUCAAAGUUCUAUUCCGAUUUGUACAACUUGGCGCUACAGAACGCCGGUGUGAAGACCCGACUUCUGAUGAAGAGUGUCUCCUUUAAGUUGGUCAGCACCGUCGCCGAACUUCUCGGUCGCACUAACGUGAUCAGCAUGUCGUCCUGAGAAAUUCAAUAGAAAAGCGAGCCUCAACCUUUCAAGCUGUUGAAACCUUUCGUCGUGACGCCGUCGUAGCUCGUCGGUGAAAAUAAAUCGAAUCAUCAACGGAGGAAGGCACCACUGGUUGCGCGGCCACGAAAUAUAUUUCUCACUGAAAGCUUGCCCCCUCUAAAAAAAAUGCAAGAAAUACAUCGUUGCGUAAUCAUAAUCGCGUUUAUUAUUAAUCCCUCAGUGAAUUAACAUGUUGUUGGCUCACUGACCGCUCUCAAUCAGCUUAACUCUGUAUUCGGGCAAUCGCGGCCAAACAUAUAAUUAUAAGUGGUACAUGAUACAAUACCGUUUAUCAAAAUGGUAAUGUAAUGUAUACACGCCGUAAGUCUUCGUUUAUAUAUUAUGAGAUACGGUCGCGUCAAAUUCUCUCCUCUACCGUCUCCACUUUUUUUUCUCUCCCGCUUUCUCUCUCCUCUCUUCGCCAUACAUCAUCAUCGCGAACAAUUCAUUCAUUUACGCAGCAAAAAUAUCGUCUUCUCGAUCGCGCCGAAUUUCGUUUCGCUUUUUUUUCCUUUUUUUUAAUCUCUUUUCCGGGACUACUAUCGUCUAUCCGGGAGGAUUACGUGAGUUACGCAUGUUGUAACGCCGCUGGGUGUAUAUCGAAGCAACGACACCACAUUUUGCAUCCCUCUUCUCGUUCUACUCUGUACAGUCUGUAUGUAUAAAUCAGAUGCAAAAAUAUUGAUGGUCGUAAUAAAAUUAUCUGUCGAAUAUAAAUACCGUCGCGUCGAUUCUUUCGUCUCUAUCUGCUUUUCCCUAGAGAACCUUACUUUAAUCAAAAAUAUAAUCGUUCGUACGUGUACGUGUGUGUGUAGAAACAGAUCGCUAAGAAAAAUAAUCACUCUCGUCGUAAACUUUCAUUCGAUUUAGACAUCUAUUUUUCAUCUGAGAGAAGUAUACUUUGUGACACAAUCGAAGUAUCAUAAUGAAUAAUUGCGCACAAUGAUGUCGCGUUAAAGGAAUAUCUGCGAUCGAUCGAUUUCAAGUCAGAUCGUUAAAAGCGUUUGUGUCGUACUUUUUCCCUUCUCUUUUGCCUUUCUUCCUUUUUUUGUGUUUUUUUUCCGUUUAGAAUGAGUUUCCGGAUAUAUAUGGUGAAAUGGUGAUUCUGAAUUCUUAGAUACUUUGCUGAAAAUAAUUUUCAUUCUUCGUCUGUGGCGCAACUUUUUUCUUCCGAUACGAUAAAAGUCUAUGAGAACGCAUGACGGAACGCAAUAUGAUGGAAUAUCUUGUUACGGCCUUCAAUGUUUACGAAAACAACAACGACACUCAAAGGAAGUCAGCCUCGCAAAAGCAACGUACAAUAAAUGUGCGUACAUGCAACGCUAACGUUCGACCAAUGCGCGCGCGUUCGAUAAAAAAUAGCCAAAAUGGUUUGCGUAUCCAACCAGGUAUGAAGCGAAUUCUCGAUGACCGCUCUCUCUUUUUUUUUUCUUUUUUCCUCUCCUUCAUCCCGCUAAACAGCGUGUUGACUCGCGUUCGCUAAUUCGCAUCGCGCGCUUCUGAAGCAACACAGACGGAUCGUACAAGCUAUUAAAAUACAAUAUUGUAUCGCGACUCCGCUGAGUCGCGCCGCUUUGCGCGUUUUCGGUGAUCCGGAAAAUCGAUCGCUCUCUCUCUCUCUUUCUCUCUCUCUCUCUCUCUCUCUCUCUCGGCGCACGCUGGCGUGUCUACGUAAUCAUGUGCAUCGAUUUAACACUUAUGAUAUAUAUAAUAUGUACAUGUUUGAGGGAUAUGUUGCUGGUUCACUGUCGCAAAGUGUACCGUGUGACGAGAAAUAAAAGGAGCCAUGAAUGAUUAAUGCUGAUCCGUCCUUGUUCUUUCGCUCAAAGAAACCGUGAAUAUCGUGCCGAUCAUCAUCGGCAAGGGGAUGCCAAAGUGAAUCUAUAAGGCUAUUCGAAAACCAACACGAAUGAAACGCAAGAGAGAGACGAGCCACGGUUCGCUCGUCGAGGUAUUAUCAAUGUGAACGAGCACUUUUUUCCGGACGACAAGCAUAAGCAUUACGAUCUUUCGGCGUUUCACGCUUUGCACUCGACGGUCCGUUUCACAGUCCGGGCUGUUCAGAAAAAUCGCGUGUCUCCAAUCCUGCGAAAUCGAAAAGCCGCAACAUACCUUCUCAACUUCAUUGCUAGAUAAAAAAUCGACUUCGAUUCGCACCGAUUAUACGUGAUCGACGCUUUCGUUCUAUUGUCCUCACUUGGAACGUCGUUUGUACAGCAUCGCGAAAGGGCCUGGCAAACAGUUCGUCGAGUGCAAAGUAUCGAAGACGAGUCCCUGAUUUCCGGGCUCGAUGGUAAAAUAUCCGUAUACACAACUCGGAAGAAAUAUCGUGCAACAGCGAACCGCUAUCGGAAGAUAAAAUGGCUCCUUUAUUAAUAUCUAGUACGAAUCGCGAAUACAUUUUUUUCUGUUUCUUCGUCUUCUUCUUUUUCCUGUCUCCUCUCUUCUACUACCGUUUUUGUUUCGUUUUUUUCUUUCGUUUGAAAUCAUCACGUUUUGACAUCGUCACGUGCACGAAACCGCAUCUUUAAGCUGCUUACAAUUGAGGUAAUCCAUGAUAUAAGGCCCACGUCACUUUCCGCAUCAGACUGUCGCAUGUUCGUUUUACUUGCUAAGUGAUACUCCCCCUUUCUCUCUCUCUCUCUCUCUCUCAACACUCCAUCCUUCGCUCUAUUCACCCUUAAGUACUUAAUUAAUAUAUUUUGCAAGCCUGCGCAACAUAAGGUCGAACAUCGAACAUCGAACGUCUCUGUCGGCAAUCUCGCCGUCGCUUCAUCGUUUACUCUUCCUCUCGAUUUCUCUUCAGCUAGAUUAAUACUAUGACUACACUUCGACAUAUAGGUAUCACGAUACGGAUUAGUAUACCUAACAUACACGAGACAUUUCACCUUACGCUAGGUAGUUAAACGUUACACACGUUCAACCCAGUCUAUAACGAACGUUAAAACCAUGGUAAUUGAAGAACCGACGAACGAACGAACGAAAAGACGUAACGGGAGAAGAAACGAAAUAAUAGGGGAUUAUCGGGAUAUCGAAGAGGAGAAUGGAGGGAGUUUAUGAGAUUGAAUCGUUGCGGAAAGUAAUAUAAUGUCUGGCAGAAGCAACGAAUCGAAAUAAUUAGGAGGAGUGUUGAGAAUGGGUGCGAUGGCAAAUGUCAGAGACAUGUUCAACUGACGCUUCUCUCUCGUGAGUCUAACGGAUUUCUAUUAGUCGGAUACUCUGGAAAAAAGAAACCCAGAGUUGCUCGAAAUAAUUACUAACUCGCCGAUACUUUGCUAAGUUAUUUACACGAGGCUGCACGCGUGCGAUUUAUCGAAUUCGCAUUCGGAAUAUGACACAAGUAUUAAUACAGUGCGGCCACACACCACAUACUUCGACUGAACGUAGAGGGUAAGAAAACAAAGAAAAAUAAUUUAGGGGGAAGAACACAUUUUUUUUAUACUGUCUUAGCAGGUUAAUAAAUAUAUAGAUGUUUUUUAAGCACUGUCCAAUAUUUUAGUAGUUGAUUUUGGAGGUCAUUUUAUAAAUAAAAAGCUUACAUGUGAUAACAUAGUUUAAUAACCUCAAGAAUCGAUUUCUACAAUACUGGACAAUAUUUAGGAAACAUUUCGUAUAUUUAUUUGCUACAUCAAAUUUGCUAUCCCUCUAAAUUAUUUCUUUCCGUGAUGAAAUCAAGAGCAACGCAGUGUGCGUAAAAAUGUCAAACGGGAACGUAAAUUUAUACGUUUAAAUUUCGAGUAUAGCUGAAAACUGAAAACACCGCGAGCGUACGCUGUCUUCGACUCACCAAACAGUUCGCUAUACUUCCGCAUUGACAAAGCGAAGACAGCGGCUGUAUUCAGAAAACACAAGCGAUCAGUGAGUGGUCAGUUAUUAUUGGUCUUUAAUGUUAGAUCCCUAAAUUUAGACCAAUUAUAUUGACGAAUUAUUUAACUGUGAUACUGUUGCGUCUUCUGAAUGCAACCAAUAUUGACGUACGUUCGAUGCCUCUGAUCCACGUUAGAAAUUGAAACGCACGCAAGCACACCUAAUUCCUUCCGUGACAGAUCCCGUCGCGCGUAUUUAUCCUUCUGCUCUUCUGUCAAUAUGUAUAACGCGACUCACAUGACAUGAUCGGCAAGCGAAGGAUGAUCUUACGUGUUCUAAAUUCUUUUGGCACCUUAUUGUUUUCGCGUUAUGAUCGCACGGGAAGCAGGUCGGGAAAAUCGCUUCGAUACGAAAGCGCUUUCGUCAAACGUGUCGAUAUUAUCUCGACAAAAUAAUAAGGUCCAGUAAAUUUGACCAAACUUAAAUAAAAAAAGAAAAAUAAAGAAAUAAAUAAAAAGAGAGAAGGGGAGAGAGAGAGAGAGAGAGAGAGAGAGAGAGAGAGAGAGAGAGAGAGAGAGAGAGAAGAAAGGAGAAAAGGAAACGGAAAGAUAUGAUUACGGUAAACCGAUAAGUAUUUUGAGUCAAGAUAUCUGUCGUGUCGAUUUUAUUGUGAAACUCAUCGGAUCGUAACUCAAUACGCGAGAGAAAUAAUUUUGAAGUGCAUAUACCGAACCAAGGUAACUAAAA